UCGUUAAAUAUUGGUUUCAGAAAGAUAUCUUACAUACAAAGAUUCUCCACCACAAUUUUCUAUUUCCUCUCCCACAAAGAAACAUCCCUUUGAUUUUUUUACUUCCCAAAUUUCAAUUGUCAAAAGUUCAUUUAUCUCUUAAUUAUUACUCUUUUCCAAAAAAAUCCACUUUCUCAAUUUGUUUAGUACUUCUUCUGCUUUGUUGCAUCUUUGUCUCAAAUAUCUUUGGCAAAAAUCUUUGUUCAGUUUUUGCUGGUAUGGAAGAAGCUCAAGACAUGGUUGCUGCAGCUCAACACAUUAUAAAAGCAUUAUCUUCAAGCAAAACUGUCUCUAAUGAGUUGAGAAAAACUCUCUUGGAUCUUGAGUUCCAAUUGUGUUCAAUCAAUGAAAGAAAGGAAAGUUGCAUCAAACAAUUAGAGAGAAAGCUUAAAUGUGUUGAAGAUAAGGUAAUGAGUUUGGAGACUAAUCAUGGAAUCAUAUCUUCUUCUGAGUAUUUAAAACUUGUUGGUGAAAUUCAAACUUUGCAACAAAACUUUGAUUCUAUGAAUGAAAAUUGGAAGCAGAAGGAACUUGUUCAAAGGGCUAAUGGAAUUUUGCAAGUUGUUAUGUCAAGGCUUGAGGAUGAGUUGGUUCAAAUUCUUCUUAAUCAUAUGCAAUAUUUUGAGCCUGAUUACAUGUCUUUCAAUUCCAACAGAGUUGAUAUUGUGUAUGAUGGAUCAUUUGGUUCAGUUGAGGAUGAAAAUAUCAACGAGGCGUCGCAGAGCAGUGAUGGUGGUCGAUUCGAAGAAAGCAGUACUAUAGAUUUGGUGCAUCCUUCUGUACUUGAAGAUCUCAAAAGCAUUGCUAAAGCUAUGUUUGCUUCAAAUUACCAUCAGGAGUUUUGUCAUGUCUUCAUUGCUUCUAGAAGAGAAGCCUUGGCUGAGUACUUUGUCAUUCUAGAAAUCGAAAAACUAAGCAUCGAAAGUGUGCUUAAAAUGGAGUGGCAUUGUUUGAAUAGCCGGAUAAAGAAAUGGAUUCGGGCGAUGAAGGUCAUUGUUCAGACGUAUCUUGUUAGCGAGAAACGAUUGUGUAAGCAGAUUCUUGGUGACUUUGGAUCCAUUUAUCAGCUUUGUUUCUCCGAAAUAUCUCGGAGUUCGGUCUUGUGCCUUUUAAAUUUUGGUGAGGCCAUAACAAUGGGAACACACACACCCGAAAAACUGUUUUGUUUGCUUGACAUGUAUGAGGUUUUGGAACUUCUAGCAGUGGAUAUAGAUAUUCUGUUCAUUGAAGAAGUUGAUUCUUUUGUCAGAGGAGAAUUUCACAAACUUCUAAGAAGCUUUGGUGAUACUAUAAAAUCUACAUUUCUUGCAUUUAGAAAUGCUAUUGCAACAAAUCCAUCAAAUAAAUGUUUUCCUGGUGGAGGUGUUCAUCAUCUUACAAGAUAUGUCAUGAAUUACAUCAAGGCACUUGUUGAAUAUGGUGAUAGCCUUAAUCUUCUUAUUGAGGAUGAAACUUCGACCGAUCUUGCGGCUAGUGAUGACAACGGUGAAAAUUCUACUCUCUCAUGUUGUCCAAUUGCUUGUAACUUAAGGCAAAUCACUGCCACUCUAGAAUCCAACUUAUGCAACAAAUCAAAGUUAUACACUGAUGUUGCUUUGCAACAUAUUUUCAUGAUGAAUAACAUUCAUUACAUGGUUCAAAAGGUUAAGUGUUCUAAAAACCUAUGCAAUUUCUUUGGAGAUUUCUGGCUUCGCCGACAUGUUGGCAUGUUUCAGCAUUAUGCUAGAAGCUAUGAGAAGGUGACUUGGAGUGCAGUACUUUCUGUGUUCAGUGAGGAAAGUUUAUCGAAUUGCAGAGUGAAGAGAAAACUAAAGAAAAAAUGCAAAGAUUUUAGUACUGCUUUUGGUGAAGUAUACAAAACACAGACGGGGUGGAGUGUACCUGAUAAAGAACUUCGCGAAGACCUACAAAUAUCGGUUUCUCAGAAAUUGAUUCCUGCUUACCGAAGUUAUACAGGUAGAAACUCGUCUAACAUUGAUGAGAAGUGGAUCAAGUAUACGGUCGAUGAUCUACAAUGUUAUAUUUUGGAUCUUUUUCAUGGUUCACAAAAAUCUUUGCACCAUUCUCAGCAUAGAAAGUGAAGUGUAUGAGUUACUUUCUCAUUUAGGAUUCAUCUCUAGAGUGAAAUUUGUGUAUAUUUCUAGUCAUUAGGAAAUGACCCUAGGAUCUUGGUUUACUUAGCUUAGCUGUAUUUCAUACUUUGUUCUCCAUUAGCAUCAUCAAAUAAAUGUACCUAUUGAAAAUUUGGAUA